AUGGCCUGUUGUAACACUCGGAAUGGGCUCAUCGCUGGGGCCGUGCUGGGGGCUCUGCUGGCCGUGCUGGGAGGCAUCCUCAUCCCAGUGGGCGACUCCAUCAUCACCAGCACUGUCAGCAAGGAGGCAGUCUUAGAAAACGGAACCACUGCUUAUGAAAACUGGAUCUCCACAGCAGUACCCGUUUACCGCCAGUUCUGGAUUUUUGAAGUGAAAAACCCAGUGCAAGUUGUAGAAAAUGGUUCCAUACCUCAAGUGACAGAGAAGGGACCCUAUACUUACAGGAUUCGGUACCUGCCCAAAGAGAAUGUCACCGAACACAGCAACAACACCAUUGCCUUCCUGCUCCCCGCCGGAGCCAUAUUUGAACCGUUGCUGAGCGUGGGCCUAGAGGAGGACAGCGUCACCAUUCUCAACCUGGCUGUGGCGGGUGCCUACAGCAUGUUCCCCGAACGGCUUCAUCCCAUUCUGAAUUUCUUGAUAAAACAGAACAACGCCUCACUCUUCCAGACCCGCAGCGUAAAAGAAAUCCUCUGGGGUUAUCGUGACCCCAUAGUGAAUCAGGAGGUCGGCCUGUUUUUCCCUUACAACGGCACGUACGAUGGGUAUUACAAUGUUUUCACGGGGAAGGACGACAUCUCAAAAGUCGCACUCAUCGACCGGUGGCAGGGAGAGCAGAACUUGUCCUUCUGGAAUGAUUCAUACUGCGACAUGAUCAACGGCACAGAUGCUUCCUCGUUUCCUCCUUCUUUGGAUAAGGAUAAGUCUUUGUUUUUCUUCUCUUCGGACAUUUGCAGGUCUGUGUCAGCGGAAUUCACCGGCACCGUGAACCUGAAAGGGAUCAAAAUGUACCACUACAUGCUGCCAGAAUUACUGCUGGCUGCUCCCUCCGUCAACCCGGACAAUAAGUGCUACUGCAAAAACAUGGACGUUACCAGAAACUGUACUCUAGGCGGUGUGCUGGACAUCAGCUCCUGUAGAGGUGGGAUGCCAAUCUACAUCUCUUUGCCUCACUUCUUCCAUGGCAGCGAGGAACUGAGGGACCUGGUGUCGGGACUCAGCCCCAGCGAGGAGCAUCACAGCACAUACCUGGAUGUGGAACCCAUUACUGGCUUUACGAUGAGUUUUGCAAAGAGACUCCAGAUCAACAUGAUGUAUGGACCCUCAAAGACUAUCACAGUCUUGAACCAGAUUAAGGAGUACACAUUACUUCCUGUGGUGUGGUUAAACGAGACUGCAAUUCUAGACGAUGAGACGGCAGACAUGUUCAAGGCGGAGGUCACCUCUCGCAUCCGGAUGUUGGAGGCCGUGCGGAUUACUUUGAUGUCCAUCGGCUCCGUCCUCUUUGUGGCCUGUGCUGUAGCUGCCUUCGUUGUACACAGGAAACAAGAGAAUGGCAAAGUGGUGUGA